AUGCCACAUCACCUCCCAUGCCACGUCACCUCCCAUGCCACGUCUCCUCCCAUGCCACAUCACCUCCUGUGUCACAUGCACUCACCAGGCAUUGCGUUGGACCUGGAGGAGCUCCGCAGAGCAGCCAGCUCGUGGCCUGCCUUCCUCUACGGCUCGGUGUGUCCCCCCUCUCUGAGCCGCCUAUCAGCCGCCUAUGGGCCUAUCUCAUGUUUUUUAGGCGCCUCAAAAAGGACCAGCCAGCUCGUGGCCCGCCUACCUCUACGGCUCGCUAUCCACUCUCGCCAUAACGCCCCUCAUGGCUCUGCUCGUGCUGCGCCUGCCGCUGCUGCCCCUGCUGCACUUGCCCCUUCACACACUCUCUAUCCCUCAUCCCUAUCACUUCCCCCUCCUCACCCCGCCCUCCCUGCAGCUAUCCACGCUCGCCAUAACGCCCCUCAUGGCCCUGCUCGUGCUGCGCCUGCCGCUGCUGCCACGGGAGCUACCCACAGGUGUGCAGUGCGGUUCCGCUUGCUUCUUGUUUCUGCUGCAUGCCUGCAACCAACCAACCUUGCCCCCUCCUCCCUUCCCUGCCUUGCGAUCUCCCUGUCCCGCGCUCUUCUGCUGCAUGCCGGCCAGCAUCACAGCAGGCAUCCCUUCCUUCCCAUCCCCAACUUACGCUCUCCUACUUUGCUCUCCCCUUUUUUACCGUCACUCCUCUCCUCAUCCCCACAGGUCUCGCGCUCUUCUGCUGCAUGCCUGCCACCAUCACCGCAGGCAUCUCUCUUGCACGGAAACACCCUGGCCCCCUCUUUAUCCGUCCCUCCCUCUCGUCCUCCCUUCAAAGAAUCAGCUCUCUGGUUAGAUGGACGAAAACCCACUUCCUUCCCUCUCACUCUUGCCUGUCUCUCGCCCUGCUAUUUUUCUCUCCAUUUUCCCCUAUUUGCCCGGCCUUUCUCCCACCAGGCAGCACAUGCCAACACAGCAUUGGCUCUCGGCCUAACUGUCGUCACCAACACUAUUGGCAUACUCACUCACCAUCUCAGGGCCAACAUGGCCGAUGCACCAUCUCAGGGCCAGCAUGGCCGAUGCACCAUCCCCUUCCCCCUCAACUCCCCAUCUUCAACACCCCAAUCCCCUCCCCUCUCCCUCCCCCUCCCCUUUUCCUCAAGCCCCCAACUGCAACACCCCAACGCCCUUCCUGCUCCCUCCCCCUUCCCCUUCCCCGCGCUUUCCCGUCCUGCUCGUUCCAGCAAGUGGGGGCGUGGCAAUGCCUCUACUCCUAUCAAGGCUCGUUCCAGCAAGUGGGGGCGUGUCAGUACCAGCAGGGCCACUGUUACGCGGGCUGGUUACCACUCUCCUCGUUCCUCUCUUCAUUGGCAUGCUGUUGCCACGUGGGCUGAUCAGCGCAAGCAGCAGCUCUCGAUGGCCAACAACGCCAUGCUCUCAUUCGUACCCUGGAUGCAAGUCAGUUCCGCCCGGGCGGCGAUUCUUCGUCUCGACAUGACACAACUGCUACCCAUUGCCGCCGCUGGCAUAGCCGUCCAUCUGUCCUUCCUGGCUUUAAACAUGGGAGUGAUGGCGGCUCUGAGGCGAAUCACCCCUCCCCUUCCCCUUCAAGAGGCCAACGCUGUCGAUAGAGCCGUCAUUAUCCUCUCCAGUCAGAAAACCCUUCCAGUGGCUGCAACAGUGGUGGAGAAGAUUGGAACACUUAUGGGCGAGCCAGCAUUGGUCCUUCUGCCAUGCAUCCUCACCCAUUUUCUCCAGGGUUGCGACGCGUCCGUGCUGCUCGACUCGACGGAAGACAACAAGGCGGAGAAGGAUUCGGAUCCCAACGCCACUCUCGGCGCGUUCGACGUGGUCGACGACAUCAAGGACCAUCUUGAGGCGGAAUGCCCCGGCGUCGUGUCUUGCGCCGACAUUCUCGCUCUCGCCGCUCGCGAGGGCAUUCACCUGGCCGGCGGUCCCUUCACGGAGGUGCCUCUGGGCCGUCGCGACGGGCUGACGUCAUUCGCGCUCGCGGCGGAGACGUUCCUCCCGGGCUCCACGCUCAACGUCUCUGGCCUCGUCCAUAACUUCAACACCGUCGGCCUCGAUAUGACCGACGUUGUGACUCUUAGCGGAGCUCACACUAUCGGGGAGGGCCGCUGCGUGAGCCUGAAGAAUCGCCUGGAGCAGGACGACCCCACGAUGGACCCCGAAUUCGCGGCGUACGUGAAGCAGAAGUGCGGCACGAGCAACAUCGACCCCAAGGCCAUGAUUGAGAAUGACUAUGCUUCGCCAAACAAGUUUGACAACCAGCAUCAAACCAACCUUGUCACACACCCUUUCUUAGCCCCUUCAAUACAACAUCGCACGAUUUUCGUUCGCUUCUACGUCUCUCCGCCUCCGCAGUACUACAAGAACCUCCUCGCGCACAAGGGCCUGUUCACGACCGACCAGGCUCUCAUUUACGACGACAAGACGGAGAAGGCAGUGAAGGCCUUCGCGCACGCCAAGAGCGUGUGGUUCGACGCGUUCCCCAAGUCGCUCGUGAAGAUGGGUGUCAUUUCGCCGCUCACCGGCACGCAGGGCGAGGUGCGCCUCAACUGCCAUGUGCGCAACACCUACUAG